CUGGAUGCCUUUGUGUUGCAGAUUUACAUAUUAUAAAGAUGAAUGGCGCAACUUGUAAAAUCUAUUUUUACACUUUUGUACGUGCAGUUAGUGAUGUUUGGUUCCAGUUAUGCUUAACUUGUAAUCAGACAGUGUGAAACAUCGCAUAGCAGCCAUUUGCUUUACCUGCUGGAGCCAUGAAAAAUACUUACAAAGGAUGUUGAGACAGACCGUAGCAGCUUACAGUUUGAUGGAAGUUCAGUUUUGCUUUGUCACUUGCUGCAGUAUUAAAAUGAACAGUGUGGAGCAAACCUACGAGUGGGCUAAAGCAAUUUUAGCAAAGAAUUCUGCUGUAGAAAAGUGGAGUACAUCAUUUUGAAGAUUGUAUUUGAAAGGGAAAAGGAAGCUUUUACACAAGUUUCACUAGAGACAUGCUGAGCAGAGGAAUAACAUGGUCUCUGAUCUGAACAGGUGAACUCCAUGAAAGCUGAGAGUCUCAAGCGGAACUGGAUCUGACCUGAUGGGGUCUUUUAACACUAAAAAAACUGUACACACUUCGAUGAAGAGGUGCCUCCUCCUCUCAAUCCUCUGCAUUUUGUUGCUGUGCAUUUUCAAUGGAUGGUCGAGAACCUUAAGAGUGAAUCCUUCAGCCUUCAGCAGCAGCAGAAACGUGACCAUCCUGCUGUGGCACUAUCCCUUCAACAGGUCAGCAAGCCUGAAGGGUGAUGCGUGCUGGGAUAUGUACCACAUCCCUCACUGUCGCCUGGUGGACCAGCACUCCAUGUUCUCCUCGGCCGACGUGGUUGUCUUCCACAACAGGGAGCUGAUACAGGGCUCCCAGAAGCUGCCCACCGACCAGCCUCGUCCACGGGGCCAGAGGUGGGCCUGGAUGACCCUGGAGGCCCCGCCUCACAAUGGAAACUUGUAUCCGUUUGCAAACAUCUUCAACAUGACCAUCACCUACAGGAGGGAUGCUGAUAUCACUGUUCCCUAUGGAGAGCUGCUACCUAAAGAGGAUGAAGGACGUCUGGUGGAAGACAACCUUCAGGAAAAGACCACUCUGAUCUGCUGGGUGGUCAGCAACUACAAAAGCCACCACAAAAGAAGCCAAGUGUACAGUGAGCUCAACGCCAUAGUUCCUGUGAAGGUCUACGGGCGAUGGACACAGAUACCCCUCGACUCCUCAGGCCUCCUACCUACAAUCUCUCACUGCUACUUUUAUCUGGCUUUUGAGAACUCAGUCUCCAAAGAUUAUAUCACAGAGAAGCUGUGGUAUAAUGCUUAUGAAAGCGGAGCUGUGCCCGUCGUCCUGGGAGCGUCGUUAAGUGAUUACAAAGCUGUGGCUCCACCUCAUUCGUUCAUCCAUGUCGACGAGUUUGCAUCAGUGAGAGAAUUGGCAAAUUAUCUACAAGAGCUGGCAAAGGACAAGAAACGCUACGCUGAAUAUCUGACGUGGAAACAACAUUGGAAAGUGAAACAGAACAGAGAUUGGACAGAGAGACUGUGUAAGAUCUGCGCACAGUUCGACAGUUUACCUCAGUACAAGGUUUACUCAGACCUGGAGGCCUGGGACAAAACCACUUCAGCUUGAAUGGUUGCCAUUGAUGGUGACAAAGACAAACUGCUGCUUUUACUGUGUUUUUGACACAUUAACAGGAAUCACCACCACAUCCUCUGCAUUACUUCUAAGUACUGAUAGCUAUAUUGAAGUCAGUAGAAACAGGAAGGAGAAUGGUUUUAAAGGGUGAAAAAAGUAAAUAUUCUCAAGUCGCUU